GGAAGUCUGCUGACGUGGGUUAGUUAAAUUUAACAUCCUUUCAUGUGUCACUUUUGACUUGGGAAACAAAAAUGAACUUUGCAGAGGAAGGGGGCUCUAAGAGAUACUGCAUUCAAACGAAGCAUGUGGCCAUUAUCUGUGCGGUGGUGGUGGCUGUAGGAUUAAUAGUGGGACUUUCUGUGGGCCUGACCAGGUCUUGUGACUCUGGAGGAGACGCGGGGCAGCACACAACUCCAGCUCCACCUCCAUCCCACCUUCCGCCCACUCCGAGCUCCUCGGAUGUCCCUCCGCAGGACCAGGACGUCUGCCCCGCCAGUGAAGAGGAAGGACCGUGGAAUAACUUCAGGCUGCCGGACUCCAUCAACCCUGUGCACUACGACCUGGAGGUGAAGCCGGUGCUGGAGGAGGACACCUACAGCGGCAAUGUGACCAUCUCCAUCAAUUUCAGGGAGCCCCUGCAGUACGUGUGGCUGCACCUGCGUGAGACCAAGAUCACCCGGCUGCCCGAGCUGAAGAAGGCCUCGGGGCAGCAGGUGCAGGUCAGGCGGUGCUUUGAGUACAAGCAGAUGGAAUAUGUGGUGGUCCAGCCCGAGGAACAACUGGUCCCCACCGAAGGGCCCUACCUCCUGAGGAUGGAGUUCGCAGGCUGGCUGAACGGCUCCCUCGUGGGUUUCUACAAAACCACGUACACCGAGAACGGGCAGACCAGGAGUAUUGCAGCCACUGAUCACGAACCAACAGAUGCCAGGAAAUCCUUCCCCUGUUUUGAUGAGCCCAACAAAAAGGCAACUUACACAAUUUCUAUCAUCCACCAUACAGAUUACGCUGCACUUUCAAAUAUGCCCGUGGAGACAUCUGAGCCCGUGGAUGAAAAAUGGAACCGAACAACUUUUGCAAAGUCUGUCCCCAUGAGCACUUACCUGGUGUGCUUUGCUGUACACCAGUUCUCAUUCAUAACAAAAAUGUCAAAGAGUGGAAAACCACUCACUAUUUAUGUCCAGCCUGAGCAAAAGCACACCGCUGAGUAUGCUGCCAACAUAACUAAAACUGUGUUUGAUUAUUUUGAAGACUACUUUGAUAUGAACUAUUCUCUUCCUAAAUUAGAUAAAAUCGCUAUUCCAGAUUUUGGUACUGGCGCCAUGGAGAACUGGGGACUUGUCACUUACAGAGAAACAAACCUGCUUUAUGACCCUCAGGAAUCUGCCUCAUCCAACCAGCAGAGGGUGGCCAGUGUGAUUGCCCAUGAACUAGUGCAUCAGUGGUUUGGAAAUAUUGUGACUAUGGACUGGUGGGAAGACUUGUGGCUAAAUGAAGGAUUUGCUUCUUUUUUUGAGUACCUGGGAGUAAACCAUGCAGAAAAAGACUGGCAAAUGCGUGAACAGAUAUUACUUGACGAUGUCUUACCUGUCCAAGAGGAUGAUUCUUUAAUGACUUCACAUCCAGUUGUUGUCACUGUGACAACUCCUGCUGAAAUAACAUCUGUUUUUGAUGGAAUAUCAUAUAGCAAGGGAGCUUCUAUUCUGAGAAUGCUUGAAGACUGGAUAACACCAGAGAAAUUUCAAGAAGGAUGUCGGCUUUACCUGAAAAAAUUCCAGUUCCAGAAUGCAAAAACUUCAGAUUUUUGGGAAUCACUGGAAGAGGCAAGUAAUCUACCAGUGAAAGAAGUAAUGGAUACCUGGACUAGCCAGAUGGGUUAUCCUGUGCUUGAUGUGCAUGAUCUGGGGAACAUCACGCAGAAACGCUUUCUGUUGGACUCAAAAGCUGACCCUUCCCAGCCACCUUCAGACUUUGGUUACACCUGGAAUAUUCCAGUUAAAUGGACCGAAAAUAAUGUAUCAAGUACUGUAGUCUACAAUAGGUCAGAAAAAGAAGGAAUCACUUUGAACCAUCUUACUUCUAGUGGAGAUGAUUUUCUCAAAAUAAACCCAGACCAUAUUGGGUUUUAUCGUGUAAAUUAUGAAGUGCAAACCUGGGAUGACAUAGCUAAAACUCUUUUCUUAAACCACAUGGAAUUUUCUUCUGCUGAUCGUACAAGUUUUAUUGAUGAUGCGUUUGCCUUGGCAAGAGCUCAACUUCUAAAUUAUAAGGUGGCUCUGAACUUGACCAAGUAUCUAAGAAUGGAAGAAGAUUUUUUACCAUGGCAGAGAGCCAUCUCAGCUGUAACCUACAUCAUUAGCAUGUUUGAAGAUGAUCAAGAGCUGUACCCUGAGAUAGAGGGCUACUUCCGAAGACAAGUGAAGCCCAUUGCUGACACUCUGGGAUGGGAGGACAAUGGCGACCACCUCACAAAGUUACUCCGGGCCUCUGUGUUAGGGUUUGCGUGUAAGAUGGGAGAUACAGAUGCCUUGGACAAUGCUUCCCAGAAAUUUGAGGACUGGCUAACUGAGACUUAUAGUAUUCCUGUGAACCUCAGGCUUCUGGUAUAUCGCUACGGAAUGCAGAACUCUGGCAAUGAGACCUCAUGGGAAUAUAUGCUACAGAAAUACCUGAACACCACAUUAGCUCAAGAAAAAGAAAAACUGCUCUAUGGAUUAGCAUCAGUGAAAGAUGUUACUCUUCUGGGAAGGUAUUUGGAAAUGCUCAAGGACCCAAACAUUAUUAAAUCUCAGGAUGUGUUUACUGUCAUCCGAUAUAUCUCAUAUAACAGCUAUGGGAAGACCAUGGCCUGGAAUUGGAUACAGCUCAACUGGAACUAUCUAGUCGACAG